AUGGCAGACUACGAUAACGACAACGGCCGCUACGCUGAUGAGCCCCGGUAUGACCGCGACCGCAGUGCCUCUCCUCGCGAUGAGCCCCGUGAAGAGCAUCGCUCCGACCGCGACCGCGCUCGUAGCCGUUCUCCCAAUGGUCGCUCUGAAGAACGCCCCCUUCCCAUUCGCAAGUCCCUGAUGCAGGAUGACAUGGCUGAGGAGGAAGGAGCUAGCAACACUGGUUCCAACUUGUUCGUCACUGGUAUUCACCCCCGCCUGACUGAGUCGGAUAUCUCGCGUCUUUUUGAGAAAUAUGGCGACGUGGACAACUGCUCUAUUAUGCUCGACCCCCACACCAAGGAGUCCCGUGGAUUUGGAUUCGUGAACAUGAGCACUGGUGAGCAGGCCGAUGCUGCCAAGGAGGGUCUCCAGGGUGAAGUCAUUGAGGGUCGCACCCUCAGCAUUGAGAAGGCUCGCCGUGGCCGUCCCCGUACUCCCACCCCUGGCAAGUACUUCGGACCUCCUAAGCGUGAUGGACGUGGUCCUCCCCGUCGUGGUGAGCGUUAUGAUGAUCGCCGUGGUCCCGGUGGUGGUGGUGGCGGUGGUGGUAACUGGCGCCGUCGCGAUGAUGAUUACUACGGCGGUGGCGGCAGCCGCUAUGGCCGUUACGACUCUUACAAUGACCGCCGCGAUUAUGGUGGUGGUGGUGGUGGCCGCGACUAUGGCCGUGGUGGUGGUGGUAGCGGUGGUGGCAGCGGUGAAUACCGUUCCCGCGACUACGGUGAUCGUGACUACCGUCGUGGAUCCCGCGAUGACUACGGCAGCUACCGUGGUGGCGGUGGUGCUGGUGGCCCUGACCGCUACAAUGAUCGUUACAGCCGUGAUGAUCGCCGUGGAGGAGACGACCGCCGUGCUGGUGGCGCUGAUGAACCCCGUGGAGCGAGCAGUGGAGGUGGUGGUGCCCCUGCUGGUGCCGGUGGUGCCGGUGGUGCCGGUUACUACGACCGUGAUGCCAAUCCUCCCAGCUACGAUGCUGCCCCUCCUCGCGAGGCUCGCGAACCCUACGCUGGUGGUGGUGGAGGUCGUUCCUACGAGGGCCGCGGUGCCGGUGGUGAGGAGCGUUACGGUAGCAGGUAA